GAGAGCGGCUGGCUAGUGUGUGUAGCGCUGAUGGUGUGCGCCGCUGGAUGAAAUUCAUGCAAAGUGGCAGGCGUCCAAUCCACACACAGAAGUAGGCACAGCAGAGUCUUGAGGGUCUGCUGGAAGUGCCCAAAGAGCUUCUCUGGUGCUCUCAGAGAUUUCCGGGGACAGCUUUGGAAACACACAUUCGGCCGGCCGGACAUAUAUGUCAAGGACGCAAGAGGCAAUCGGCCUCUUAUCGUUGGGAUUAUUGACUUCUCUCUAGAGGAAUGUGUAAGGAGGCUUUUCACGUACAUGCUGGUCACCAGUGCUUUCUUUGGUGCUCUGGUGGAAUGUGGAUCCAUCUGGUAUGCCAAGGUACUUUUUCCUUUCCGCUCCAGUUCAGCGUGGUGGUCAGAGAUUACUCGCUAAGCUUGUCCAAGCUCUUUCCCGUGUGGUGGAAAGCUUCAAGUCCAUAGCCAAGGCAUGGAGAAUCUCGGAGGAUGUCUCUUGCAAGUGGUCGAGAGACACUGAUUCAUCCGUCAUCUCCGCCAAGUACAAGCAGAAGGAGGUGGUUCUCAAGGUGCAGGACUUGACUACGGUUUCCAAACGCCGAGACGACCAACCUCCGGAAGAUCGUCACCGAGGUGGACGCGUACAAAGACGCUCCACAAAUGCAGGGCCACAAAUGAUACCACAACUCGUCUCGUGGGGUUUCUUGUGUGGGACAAUGUUCGCCUACGUGAUGACCAGCGACGAAGGUAAACCUCGCGGUAGCUACUUCACGUUCAGUGUGCGAGACGUGCAAGCAGCACCUGCUCCUGCCAAUGAAGCUCUUGCCAAGAUUCACGCCAGGGGUCUCAUCCUCUCAAGAUCCUCCUCGGAAGCAGAAGCCACAACAGCAGCAGCCUUAAGAUCAUUGGCUUCUCCUCUGCCUCCUACGGCCCCAAGGAGAUCCAAGUUGCUGCAGCGAUGGAGAUGGCUAAACUUCAGCAGUGUUUCCAGGAGGUGUUGGUGUUCGUUCGGGCGGAGGAGGCCAUGGCAGUGGAUCGCUUCCUCUUUUCUUGGCAGAAGAGCUCGUCGUUUGUCCACAACUUCCCCAAGAUUUGUGAGUCUAUAUAUGUUCCUGGUCUGUAAAUGUAUGUUUGAUUUUCAGGUUGGGUGCAAACCUGCAAGGAGAUGACGAGUGUCACCCAAGACGGAUGAAGCAUCUGCUUCUCAGGCGUUGAUUGACCGCUUCAAUAACAGCUUCAAUUUGGACGUGGUCGUGGAGGUGCUGACGACUAUGGUUGACAACCCGAAGUUCAUUGAAGAAGAGCCUCGCCUCCAUGAUCUCAAGAUGUUCCUGGCAAAAAGGAGGCAACAGGUGAUGAAGAGCAGAAGAUGAAAAUAAUUUGAAAAGCGAAUCCUAGCAAAGGAUCGUCACUCGCUUCGUGUU